AUGGCUACCAACAAAGAGGAAGUGGCCGACGCCGACGGGGUCACGGUCGUGCAGAAGAUGCUGUCCGCGACCACGGGCAGCGUCUUGACGUCGCUUCUGGUCACGCCUCUCGAUGUUGUUCGCGUUCGCCUUCAAUCGCAAGCGCACAUACCGACCGCGUCGUCGCAUCGCCCGUCUACCGCUUUUUCGGCCGGCUCUCUCACCCAGUUCCGCGACCUGCACCCGAACCUCGGAAUAACCACAUGUUGCAGAGAAGUUUUCUGGUCAAGCAAUGCGGCGCCAUUAUGCGUUGCAGGGCCCACGGUGGCUCCUCUCAAUCCUGCCCAUGCCGCUUGCGCCGUGGAAGAGGUGGAGCGGAGAACAAUCAACAGCACCUGGGACGGUCUUCGCAAGAUAUCACAGAACGAAGGGCUGCGCACGCUUUGGAGAGGGCUGUCGCCGACACUCGUUAUGACCAUACCCGCCAAUGUCAUCUACUUCGCCGGGUACGACUGGAUGCGGACCGCGCAGGCCUCGCCCUUCAAACGGAUGGUAUCCGACGCGUACAUCCCUUUGGUUGCCGGAGCGAGUGCCCGCGUCCUUUCCGCGAUUGCUGUUAGCCCGAUUGAGAUGUUCCGGACAAGAAUGCAGGCAGCAACUCACACGGCCACGGCUGCUGGCCACUUCAGCGAGACCAUGGACGGCUUGCGAGACAUGGUGGCAGAUAAAGGAGUUCGCAGCUUGUGGAGAGGUCUCACCCUGACGCUGUGGAGAGACGUUCCAUUCUCUGCCAUCUACUGGUGGGGCUAUGAAUAUGGCCGCAACGUCAUAACGGAUCUUCGUUGCCGAACACAAGCUAGAAGUGACGGACCAGAGUUUCGCAUGGGCAGAGGCGAAGAAAGAAUAAGAAGAAGGAGCCGAUCACGUAGCCGGGAGAAUCAAACCGAGACCUUGGUGGACAGCUUUGUCGCCGGAGCGGGAUCCGGCGCAGUAGCUGCUUUCGUUACGACACCGUUUGAUGUUGGAAAAACCAGGCAGCAGGUCCUACACCACACAAAAGAGGAAGCAGGCUCGGCUGUCAAGGCACUUCGACCGGAAGAACAAUCCAUGCCACGAUUCCUCUGGCACAUAUUCCAGGAGCAGGGUGCGUCAGGAUUGUUCAAGGGCUGGACAGCCCGAUGUCUCAAGGUCGCACCCGCCUGCGCAAUCAUGAUCAGCAGCUAUGAGGUGGGGAAGAAGAUGGCGACCGUACUCAACGAAAGACGAGGGCGACUGCGAGAGGAUGCUUAG